AUGCAUUGGUCUACAAAAGUGAUUGAAGUCCCCCUGGUGCUAAUGUGCGAAUGCAUUCCCAGGGAGCAGGCGCGUAUGAGUGGGGCAUCUUGUAGCUGCAGCCGCCCCAGCAGAAACCCUCUGUCUCUGCCCUCUCUCCUGGCAUGGGGCAUUUCCUCCCAGAACACGAGGUACGAGCAGAUCCACCUGGUGCCGGCUGACCCCCCCGAAGCCUGCGGGGAGCUCAGCAAUGGCGUCUUCAUCCAGGACCAGAUUGCCCUGGUGGAACGGGGGGGCUGCUCAUUCCUGUCAAAGACACGGGUGGUCCAGGAGCACGGCGGGCGGGCGGUGAUCAUCGCCGACAAUGCCUAUGACAACGACAGCUUCUAUGUUGAGAUGAUCCAGGACAGCACCCAGCGCACCGCCGACAUCCCCGCUCUCUUCCUGCUCGGCAGGGAUGGGUACAUGAUCCGGCGCUCCUUGGAGCAGCACGGCUUGCCCUGGGCCAUCAUCUCCAUCCCCGUUAACGUCUCCAGCAUCCCCACGUAUGAAAUGAUGCAGCCGCCCUGGACCUUCUGGUAGCACGCUGUGAUGGAUCCUGAGGUUGUGGGUGCAGGGAUCCCAUCCCACCGUGAGCUCCCUGCGCAUUGGGGGCUUCCUGGGACUUACCAGCCUGUUGCCUUUGGCUGCAGCUUGCAUCCAACUAAAUUCCAGCCCUUUGGAGGUGCAGUGGGACCUGGAUCACUCCCUGUCCCAAUGCCGGAUGCCUUUUGAGGGGUGUUUUCUCAGUUAGGAGGCAGCUGGCCUAGACCGUGGCAUCAGGGCUGCCAGAGCUCACCUCGCUGCUGCCAUGAGCCAUAGCAUUGCAAAUGGGUGCUGCGGACACCAAGCCCCGUGACUCACGUCAGCAUUGCCCCGUGCUGCCAGGAGGCACCAGAAGGGCUGUGGUUUAUCCUCCUCCUGGCCCGGAGGAUCCAGC